AUGGAAGUGGACCGUAUUUUCUAUAUUUUCGGAAGCUUUUCGCGUAAAAGGCAAGAUCGACGUAAGUCUUUAGAGCCUUCUUCUAUAAGUGCUGGUAAUAGCCCAUUGAAAACUAAAAGCUCUCGACCAUCGAGCCAGAAUUUAGUGAUUGCUUCAAGAGUCUCAGUAUAUGGAGUAAGGAAGAUCAAGAUUAAGGAGUGGGAAUGUGGAAUAUGCCGGAAGGAGCUUGUAGAGCCAAGACUUCUAGCUUGUCUACAUAGUUUUUGCACCAGAUGUUUGCAGGAUUUGCCUUAUGAAGAAGAUGAUGUGUGGGAGGAUGUCGAUAGAGGUGCCAUUGCAAAUAAUUCUCGUACAUCGGGGCCGGCGUCGGGCGGGGGUUCUGCAGGCUCUGGGUACGAGAGCGACGUCCGUCAAUCUAAUUCAGACACAAGCCUGGAAAAGAUCCACAAAUAUGCCAUUGUGACAAGAAAGAUUUCAGGUAGAAGCUUCCAUUUUGUUAUUUGUCCGAUAUGCGGCUCGGAGACUCCAUUACCUCUGGGAGGCAUAUCUGCUCUGCCACUCAAUUAUGUGCUAUUGCGGAAGAUGACCACCAAAGAGGGUGGAAACUCCGUGUUAUGUGAUCUGUGCUGUACUGAUAAUAAGGCAGAAAGUCGUUGCAGUCAAUGUUUAGUAAGCGUGUGUUCUACUUGCGGAGACUCACACACGAGUCAGAAAGGCCACGCGACCCAUCUCUUGCAGCCUUUGGAACCAAUACUGCGAUUCUGUGGACAGCAUCCGAAAGUUGAGCUUAGCGUUUAUUGCGCUACUUGUCAACAGGUGAUAUGCAGAGAUUGCUGCCUGAUCUCUCACGCGGGGCACGCGGUGGCGAGCGCGGCGCGCGCGGCGGGCGAGCGCGCGGGCGCGCUGCGGGACGCGUGCGAGCGCGCGAAGCACGUGCCAGAGAACGUGGAACGCGUCAACAGGAUCCUUGAGGUGCACGCUGCUGAAGUUGAUGCUCAAGCCUCUCGUAUAGAGAAUGAGAUCAGGAGCUGGGCGGAGGAGUACCGGCGCGCGGUGGAGGCGCACGGCCGCGAGCUGUGCGGCGCGGCGGUGCGCGCGCGGGCGGCCCACAGGCGCCGCGUCGACGGCCAGGCCCGCCUGCUGGACCAGAGGGCCCGCGAGGCUGUGGAGGCCGUCAAGUUUACUGAGGAGUUGCUGUCGCAAGGCAAAACGGACGAGAUCCUGUCCCUGCACGGCGCGGUGCUGCGCCGGCUGGAGCGCGUGUCGGAGCUGCCGGCGGCGGGGGCGGCGGGGGCGGCGGGGGCGGCGCUGCGCUUCGCGGCCGCGGCGCCCGCCGGCCGCCUCGUGGGCCGCCUCUACACCGCCGCGCCCGACCCGCGCUUCUGCGUGCUCACCACUGAAGGACUACAAGAUCUCCAAGUGGACGUUCCACACACAGCUAUAUUGGAACUAAGAGAUAGUAACGGCGAGCAUAUAUGGUGUGGUGAAGAAAAUGUGGCGGGGUACUUCCGCCGGCGCGACAGCAGCGCGCGGCCGGCGGCGGUGUGCGCGGCGCCGCGCGACGGCCGCUACGCGCUGGCGCUGGCGCCCGCCAGCCCCGGGCACUACCUGCUCGCCGUCACCGUCGACAACGUGCCUAUUAAGGGCAGCCCGUUCUCGUGCUUCGCGCGGGUGUCGCGCGCGCACUCCGGCACCUUCCACUGCUGCGCCUUCUGCUCGUCGGGCGGCCGCCGCGACGCGCGCUGCGCCUGCGCCGCGCCCAUGGGACACGGGUACAAGGGCUGCGGGCACGGGCACGCGGGCUGGCCGGGCGCGCGCCACUGGUCGUGCUGCGGCAGCACGCGCCGCGACGCGCCCUGCACGCGCCACCAGCCCUACCAGUUCUCCCUC